CUAAAUAAAUCUGUUAGCCUUUACGGUGCCACUGGACGCCUCAUUCUUUUUGUGGAUACAGACUAACACGGCUACCACUCUGAUACCUGAGCUGGAUUUGGAUCACUCAUGAAACGAGAAUAAUGACACACGCAUGUACAUGUGAUGUACACUGGCAUAAUAUGCCGUGUCUUUGUGCUGUGGAACAUCUGCGUACAAGAUCCAGCUGCUGCUUGCCUGUGACAGUAGUGGCUUGUACACUGUACCAGUGCUUUUCUGAUGGACUUGUCAGUUUCUAAAAGAAAGCCUGUUGUGACAUUCUGCCUGCAAAAAAAAAACAACCUUCCAAAAUUAUAUGGGUCGUGAUGUAUCUGCAGACAAACAGAAAUGAUAGCCCUCCCAGGUGCGAAUUAGUCAUUUCUAUGAAUGGAGUGUUAAGGAGGGGAAUUACUAAAAUCGACAUUCAAGGUCCCAGCCAUUCCUUUCAAUGCACAAUGUGUUUCCUUCCUGUGCUUUAUCUGCCUGCUUGCUUACAGGAAAAUUGCAUUCUCUAAUAAAUUCAGGGGUAUUCAUAGCUACAGAAAUGGUAAAUUCUCAAGAGGUAAUUCUUACACCAUUUAUUUUUAAAAAUGGUAAUAUAUUUUUGUUAUAUAUUUGGUAUCUGUCAGGUGUUACUGUAUGAGCCAUAUGCCAAACAUUUUAAAUAUACAGUUACAUGUCCUGUGUAUGGUUUUAGCUUUAGAAACUCCAGGCAUGAGACAGGUUACGAAUAAACACAUCUAUUAAGUAAAAGAUGAUUUGCAAGAGCUGUCUAAAAAGAAAGGAUGCUACUAAAUUAGGCUCCAGUUUUGUUAGAGGUUAUUUACACACAGGAGCCCGGGCGGGAACUCAGAGCAGCACCACUGAGAUAGUUUGAGUAUGGAAGUGAGUGAGGAUUUGGAAGUUAGAGGGCUGUGUUGGAGCAGGAGGAUUAUGAUGAGCAUGCUAGGUUUGCAUCCUGCUAACAGUAAAAACAGAAACCUCAGAGAACUAACUAUUCUAAAUGAAAGCAGUUUAUCAAUGAACAGGAAUAACUUGAAAAAGAACACUGGUUUUAUCUGCUAGUGUGGUGCUUGCUGUAAUAGCUUCCACAUUGAAGACAACGCUACUGCUUUAAUUCAUCAUAUGCCGCUGAGCUGUUGCCACUCACCUGGAGUGCACCACUCCCUCAUACCAUUGCUGGAGGGGGCAAAUUAUUGUUUCUUAGCCCUCAAAUUUAGGAGAGGAAACUUUUAAGCCGCUGCUGUCUGGUGACUGCACAGAGGCCUCUGCCUGGAGGAAGGAAAUGCCAAGCAUCAGGGAGGUCUGAAAUCAGUAGAGUGGAGGUCCAUUACAUAAACAGUGGGGGAAAUGGGGUUUGGAAAUGUUAGUGUGGCAGGGUCCCUAAAAUGAGAUGGGUGGUGGUGGAAGGGUACAUUUGGUUACAUCAGGUGGGUGGAGCGGUAUGCAGGGAAAUCAGUAGAAGAGAGAGAUUUUGGAGUACCGGGGACUCCUGAAAUGAGCAGGGAGGAUGGAAUAGGGAAGGGAGCAUCUAGGGUCAAGAAUCCAUAAGUGUCAACAUCUAGUGACAAAGAAAUAGAUUGUUAAUUUGCAUAGAGUUACACAAAUUUGCACAGAGUGACCUAGUGAUGCAAAAGACUCCUGUUUCUUCCAAAACCUCCAGUUAAUUAAUUGUGCCCUCCAGCCCCAUAUCAAUUAAUUUUGGAUUUUGUAGUAUCUUAACAUCAGUGUUCUGCCUCCCAGACACCAUCAAUUAAUCCUGGCCCUGUCAGUCCCACAUCACCCAGCACAUAUUUAUUAACAGAGAUUGUGGGGGUGAGUGAAAGCAGUUUCCUGGUACCAUUAGCUAAAAUCCAUGUGGUUUGGGAAGGUUUGGAAAGUGUUUUGACUGUACAGGUAAUAGAACACCUCCUAGUCGACCUGCUCCUUGGUAAUGAUUUUUUCCAUGUAGCUCAAGUUAAAGUAUUUGCCUGCAGCAGAGGAAGUUUUAUGCUGGGACCCCCGGAGGGAAAGGGUUAGGUCUCAGGAACUGCUGAGAAAAUGAGAGAGAGUCUUCUUGUCCAGCAGGGGGAAGCCUCAUGCUUCCAGGUGGGAGGGUAGUUGAGACCAACUCCUGCACUGCAGCUGGAGGCAACAUCUUCCAGUCCAAGGCCUGGUCUACACUACGUGUUUAAACCGAUUUUAGCAGCAUUAAACCGCACCCGUCCACACUACGAGGCCUUUUAUAUCGCUAUAAAGGGCUCUUUACAUCAGUUUCUGUACUCCUCCCUGAUGAGAGAAGUAGCGCUAAAAUCGGUAUUACCAUAUCGGAUUAGGGUUAGUGUGGCCACAAAUCGACGGUAUUAGCCUCCGGGCAGUAUCCCACAGUGCACCACUGACUGCUCUGGACAGCUAUCUGAACUCGAAUGCACUGGCCAGGUAUACAGGAAAAGCCCUGCGAACUUUUGAAUUUAAUUUCCUGUUUGGCCAGCGUGGAGCUCUGAUCAGCACAGGUGACCACACAGAGCUCAUCAGCACAAGUAGCAAUGCAGUCUCCUGAGAAUCGAAAGAGAGCUCCAGCAUGGACCGCACGGGAGAUACUGGAUCUGAUUGCUAUAUGGGGAGAGGAUUCAGUGCUAACAGAACUCCGUUCCAAAAGACAAAAUGAAAAAAUAUUUGAAAAAAUUUCCAAGGCUAUGAUGGAGAAAGGCCACACCAGGGACUCAGUGCAGUGCAGAGUGAAAGUUAAGGAGCUCAGACAAGGCUACCAGAAAACCAAAGCAGCAAACAGAAGCUCCGGGUCAGGGCUGAAAACAUGCCACUUCUACGCUGGGCUGCAUGCAAUUUUAGGGGGCUGCGCCACCACUACCCCCUAUCCCUGUCUGUGGAUUCCGAGGUGGGGGUUGUAAUCUCAAACAUGGCUGAAGAUUCUGUGGAGAGGGAAGAUGAGGAGGAGGAGGAGGAAGAGGAGGACGACCUUGCAGCGAGCACACAGCACUCCGUUAGCCCCAACAGCCAGGAGCUUUUUGUGACCCAGACGGAAUUACCCUCCCAAGCCACUAGCCCAGACAGUGAAGCCAUGGAAGCGACCUCUGCUGCACGUUUUUCAAGCCUCCCUACUCCAUCCCGAAGGCUAUCUCAGAUAAGGCGGAGGAAAAAGAAGACGCGAGACGAAAUGUUCUCGGAAAUCAUGGAAGUAACCCGCAAUGAAAGAGCUCAUCUGAAUCAGUGGAAGGACGUGGUAGCAAAGUACAGGAAAGAUGCCAGUGAACGUGAGGAUAGGAGGGACCAACGUGAGGAUAGGAGGGAUGAACGUGAGGAUAGGAGAGACUCUCAAGAUGAGAGGUAGCGACAGGAAGAUCAGAGGUGUAGGCAGGAAGAUCAGCGGUGGCAGGAUGCAAUGCUGGAGCUGCUGCAUGAUCAAACUGAUAUCCUCUGAUGUCUGGUGGAUCUUCAGGAAGAGCAGCGGGGUCACAGUGCCGCUGCAGCCCCUGUGUAACCACCCUCACCACUCACCAUGUUCCAUAUCUUCCUCACCCAGACGUGUAAGAACGCGUGGGGGAAGGCUUCGUGCACCUGCCCACUCCACCCCUGUGGACAGUCCAACCAAAAGGCUGUCAUUACAUUGAAAUGUGUUUAAUGGCCUUUUCCUUCCCUCCUAUCCUCCUACCAAUCCACACCCGGGAUACCUUGUCAGUUCUCUGCCUCUUUUUCUAAUUACUUUUUAAUAAUGAAUACAUGAUUUUUAAACGAUA